UUAUUAUAAAGCUCUGCUAGAGAAGUAGAAUUUUAAAGCAACUUUAACAGCUGAGUUUAAUCCCAUGAUAGUUUUAACCAUGACCUGGACAUCAGCUUCAGCUGAAUUUGGAACAUUUAGAGACAGACAUGGGAACUGAUGUAAUUUAAAACAGUUAAGACAGAAAGAAGCAGAUAAAAGACAGCACCUCAGUUACCAGAGCAGAGUGAGCAAAGGGAACAACUACCUGGUAACUGACCAUCCACCAUGACUGACCCGAACUCUGGGAGCUCUGGAGAUGAGUUAUAUGAUGAAACGCCAUGGAAACAAGGGGUGACCCGUCUACCCAUCAUUCAGCUCCUCCCCAGGUCCAGAGCAGGCUCAGCAGCAGGAUCCCCAAAGAUCUCCCCCAAGGAUUCGCCUCGUGGUUCUCCUCGAAACUCCCCGCUGCUCUUCAGAAAGCUGCUGAUGAACCGCAGCAUCAACCUCCAGAGGCGGCGCUUCACCCUGGCUCACACGCCCAGUUUUGAUGUGGAGAAUGGGUUAUCGGUUGGACGCAGCCCCCUGGAUGCCCAGGCCAGCCCUGGUUCAGGUCUGGUCCUGCAGGCCAACUUCCCUCACAGUCAGCGGCGGGAAUCCUUCCUCUACCGCUCCGAUUCCGACUUUGACCUUUCACCCAAGGGUCCUUCCAGAAACCCCUCCUCUGCCAGUGACCUGGAAGAGAGCUUGAAGCACUGGGAGGUCAACUGGUUGUCAUCUCGACAUUCAGAAGACAUGAUAGUCACACCAUUUGCACAGGUCCUUGCCAGUCUUAGGACGGUCCGAAGUAACUUUGCCAUCAUAACUGGCCAGCAAGAUCGCACAGCCAGCAAGACGCGGUCCUCAGGCAACAACCCUCCAUCCAUGUGCAAGACCAGCCUCGCAGAGGAGCCACACCAGCAGCUGGCCAUAGAGACUCUAGACGAGCUGGACUGGUGUCUGGAACAACUAGAGACGCUCAAGACCCGACACUCUGUCAGCGAGAUGGCUUCUAACAAGUUUAAGAGGAUGCUGAACCGGGAGCUGACCCAGCUGUCGGAAACCAGCCGCUCUGGGAACCAGGUGUCUGAGUUUAUCUCCAGCACCUUUCUAGAGAAGCCACAUGACAUGGAUAUCAUGUCUCCCCCCACCAAGGAGAAGGACAAAAAGAAGCGUCCCAUGUCACAGAUCAGUGGCGUGAAGAAGGCCACUCACAGCCUCGCCCCCUCCACCAUCCCUCGCUUUGGGGUCAAUGCCAGCCAGGAGGAGCACCUCGCCAAGGAGCUUGAGGACAUAAACAGAUGGGGCAUCGACAUCUUUAAGGUCUCUGAGUAUUCUGGAAAACGUCCUCUGACAGUCACGAUGUACACCAUCUUCCAGGAACGUGACUUGCUCAAGUCCUUCAAGAUUCCAGUGGACAUCUUUAUUAACUUCAUGAUGACGCUGGAGGAUCAUUACCAUGCUGACGUGGCCUACCACAACAACAUCCAUGCUGCAGACGUGGUCCAGUCCACGCAUGUGCUGCUGUCCACACCUGCACUGGAGGCUGUGUUCACUGACCUGGAGAUCCUCGCUGCUCUGUUCGCCAGCGCCAUCCAUGAUGUGGAUCACCCAGGAGUCUCCAACCAGUUUCUCAUCAACACCAACUCAGAGCUGGCCUUGAUGUACAACGACUUGUCAGUGCUGGAGAAUCACCACCUGGCCGUCGGCUUCAAGCUCCUGCAGGAAGACAAGUGCGACAUUUUUCAGAAUGUGAGCAAAAAGCAGAGGCAGUCGCUCCGGAAAAUGGUAAUCGACAUGGUGCUGGCCACGGACAUGUCUAAACACAUGAACCUGUUAGCAGACCUAAAAACCAUGGUGGAAACAAAGAAAGUCACCAGCCUGGGUGUCCUGCUCCUGGACAACUAUUCAGAUCGGAUACAGGUUCUCCAGAACAUGGUCCACUGUGCAGACCUGAGCAAUCCCACCAAACCUCUUGAGCUGUACCGUAAGUGGACAGAUCGCAUCAUGGUGGAGUUUUUCACUCAGGGGGACAGAGAGAGAGAGAAAGGCAUGGAAAUCAGUCCAAUGUGUGACAAACAGAACGCCUCCAUAGAGAAGAACCAGGUGGGUUUCAUCGACUACAUCGUUCAUCCUCUGUGGGAGACGUGGGCUGACCUGGUGCACCCUGAUGCUCAAGAGAUCUUGGACACGCUGGAGGACAACAGAGAGUGGUACCAGAGCAUGAUCCCCCACAGCCCCUCACCGAACCCAGGCCAAGAGGAGGAGGAGGCCCCGCUGGGGGAGGCUUCUGCUCCUGGCAGCAGCUCCACUUCGGCUGAUAAGUUCCAGUUUGUGCUGACGUUGGAAGAAGAAGGUGAAUCUGAUACGGAGAGCUCGUCUGAGGAACAGAAGGGUUACAGCAGUGGUGGGGGGCAUAAGCUGCGCAGAACUGAAUACAGCAGUGGGUUUGAUUCAUCAUCCACGACAACCCGUCGGCUUAACAAGAUCCUCACCAGUGAAUCAGGCAGGACGUUUUCUUUAGACUCUGAAAAGGACAUGGCAGAAGACAGAGAAAUGGACCAGGAGGGCAUGUCUGAGGUACCACGCUUCAGGCUGGGCACAUAGCACCAGUCUAGCUGUACCUGGUUGGCCUUUCGUUGUCUGGUUUUCAUUCAUUUCGGUGCCUCAUCCUCUGGUGCUGUCCUCCCACUCCAAGCAGACUCUGGUUUUCUCUGGACGAGGCGAGAGCAAGACUUGGACUGGGGUGUAUGGGAAUGCUGGUGAAGGCGGGGGUCUGCAGGUUUACGUAGUAGUCACUAGAGAAAGACAAACAGACCGAGUCACUGUUCCACCAAGGACACAAGAAGUUUCCCACCAGUCGGCUUCUGAUCUUCAUCUUUAGUUGGAAGAAGUAGAAAUGUUUCUCUCCAGCAAACAGCCUACGGUCUACUACAGCUGAAGUCACUGUCUUCCUCUUUUUAAAUGAGGGUAAAAGUCUUUUUUAGACAUCCUGCCAUGAAUACAAGCACAAAGCUGCUGUGGCUGCCUUCUUUCGUUUUCUUUAAUAUUUACUUUUAUUUAGAUCCUUACAGGUUAGCAGUAAAGCAGGAGCUUUGUGGGAUUUUAUGCAGAAAACUUGUAGCAUUUAUUUUGAGUGACUCUGACACUAUUAUUGUAAACACACACGUCCUGCUGAUGCGUCCUGAUGAGCUCAUUGAAAUGCCUGCAACAGUCAGGGUUUGGUCAGAGGAAGACUAUGAUUGUGAUGAAGGAGCUGGCACUACAUAUUAUUUUGAUGUUUUCAGUUGAUUUACAUGCGUUGUUUUAUUUUUUAUCAUCCUGAUCUAUGAUGUUGUCAACAACAAAACUGAAUCAGUCAGUCUAACAGCAGCACCCAUGCAGAGCAGAGCAUGUAGCGCCUCCUGGUGUCCACAAACGGAGCUGCAGUCCUGCUCCUGAAGCGAGAGCUGCCAGCUUCAGCUCACAUGGAAACUACUCUCAUGAUCUGAUGCUACGGCUGCAAGAUUUCACUUCUGUGUUAGUUUUGUUGCUCUUUUCAACUUUUUUUUUUUUUUUUUUUUGAAGACACAUUUAGCAUUCUUUAAUUUGGCUCCCAUUUUAUCAGAUUGCCUUUAAGUUAAGCACUUUUCAUUGCAUUCAGGGGCUUGAGCCAAAAUAUGAGCAGCUUUGACCACUGCGGACAUCAUUCACAUACCAAAUGACACAGCACAGUAACACACACUUAGCCGAUAAGGCUGGUGUGGUAGAAACAUUAGGGGUUGCAAUUGAAUAAAUAACUAAAUAAAGCUUUUUAGCAGCACUAACUGUAAAACACAGGAAGUUACUAGUUGCCUGUGCCAGAAUUUUUCUGUUUUUCCUCUCACUGAUCAAUGUUUCGCUCUUCGCAGGGAAAUAGUCGAUGACAAAACAAGUGCCAAGCAAGCAUGACAGUACUGUAAUUUCCAUUUUGCCACUGGCUACUUUCCAUCAGCAUCUGAUGAAACUGGUUGAUCGUAGCAUCCUGUGAGCCAAUCUGACCUCAGUGUAACUCUUCUUUAAAUAGAAACUGAAACUGAUGUCUUAAAACAAUAGUUUUCUCUCUGUGAGUUAUGACUGGGCUAACGUUUUAUUUAAGUAUAAAACAGAAAAAGAAUUAACAAGCAAAGCACUUUGACAGGUACUUUUACGGUUCCUUCCUCCUCUGCAGCUGAAGAUGUAAACCAUGGCCACGUUGUAGAUGAAUGGUUCUGGUGGUGGUUGAACUGGAUUGCAUGGGCGGACCACCACAGCUGGUAAAGCGUGGUUGGUGGAGGGACUGAUGUUUCUUUUAUUUUCUUGUUCUUUUUAUAAUUGAAAGGGUGUUGAAAUGCACAACACUGACUUUAAACAAGAUGAAGAUUUUAAUGGGUUACUGCAAACGUAGCCUGUGGAAAUGCUUGUUUUUAUUUUAGUAUCAUAAACAUUGUAUUUUAUGUGUGAAUGAGCUGAAGGAUUUUUUUUUUUUUUUUUGCCUUAUUUUUGCACUUUGGAUGUUCAUGUUUUUGUUCUGGUAAAAGAUGUGUACGACCUGAAAUCCUCGCUGUCACUGCGAACUGCACCAAUCCUACCAAUACUCAAAGGUGCCUUCAACACAAAGGACUAUUUAACAACACUUUAACCAGCCCAGCAGAUGGACAUUAAAGACAAAGUCUGUCUCCUUGUCACUUCACAGUGCUUCAUGCAGAAUUUAUUUAUUUAUUGUUUCUGUGCUAGCUGCCGGAAUGAGGAGGUGAGUCUGCAAACAGAUUAAUUCCUGUCAUCUUCUGCUUCUACUGGAUCCAUCUUGAAGGAUCCCACUGCAGAUGUGAGAAAUAUAAACACGAGCCUCCACAGUCAUCCCAGACCAGCGUUUCUGCUCUGAUUGAUUUUAUGCAGCUUUGACAAUCCAAAGUGUGGGUGUGUUAACCCUCUUUCCAACUACCAACUUGUAUGCCUUGCAAAUAAAAAAGAAACUCUUCACUCUCUGAUGCCACCUUCUCUGAUUUUAUAGGAAAUCAUAUCAAUAAAACAUAACUAGAAAAGAAUGCUGAGAAACUAAAUCAUUCCAACUAAAUCCAUCAAACCUGGAUUCAUAGUGAAUUUUUAUUUAGGGCCAAUCACUAGACACCACUAACGUCCAUCAGGACCAUUGUUAACUUUGGUUAAAAACCAGAAGGGAUUCUUGAGUGUCUGAAAAUAACUUUGAGCCCCUUCCAAUGACAUUUAUAAACAAAACUCUUUGCAGACUUUAAAGAAUAUCAAACAAGACAUUAAAUUAGAAAAUGAGAUAU